AGGUUUGACGGUUUCAUACAAGAACUGGUGUAUAAAAUAAAUGGCAGUUUGGUCCUCACAACUCUCACACCCAUUGCACUUCAUAUUUUCUUCAUAUAUAUUCAUCACUUGUUGCAAGGGAGCUUAUACAAACAAGUCUUGGGACUUGGGAGUAACUACAAGCUAACGAUCGUCAUAUUGUGAGUUGAAGAUGACACAAACUCUGAGCAGAUUUAUAUUAUGGCCGUUUGUUAUAAGCUUAAUCCCUUUAUACAUUCUUUUCUUCGCCAAAAUAAAGAAGAAAAAUCACGCACGAAACUCUAAGCUACCUCCAGGACAAAGAGGAUGGCCCGUAAUUGGCCACAGCAUAAGUUGGUACAAUGCUGUUGUGAGCUCUCAUCCCCCGUCUUUUGUUGAGCAACAAGUUAAAAGGUUUGGCAAUAUAUUCUCUUGCAACCUGUUCGGGAAGUGGGCAGUUGUGUCAGCCGACCCGUCGUUCAACCGCUUCGUAAUGCAGAAUGAAGGGAAACUUUUCCAGUCGAGCUACCCGAAAUCGUUCAGGGAUUUGGUGGGCAAAAAUGGGGUGAUUAAUGCACAGGGAGAGCAGCAGAAGAAGCUUCACUCGAUUGCAUCUAAUAUGAUGCGGCUGGACAAGCUGAAGAUUCAUUUCUUGGAGGAUAUUCAGGUUGUUAUCAAACACAUUGUCACUAAUCUCCAUCACGAUCAAGUUGUUCCUCUCCAGGAUGUUUGCAGAAAGGUGGCGAUUAAUCUGAUGGUGAAUCAACUGCUGGGGGUAUCGUCUGAAUCGCAAGUGAAUGAGAUAGCAGAGUUGUUCUCUGAUUUUGCCGAUGGCUGCCUUUCUCUUCCCAUCAAUUUGCCAGGCUUUCCCUAUCACAAAGCAAUGAAGGCCAGGGAGAGUAUUAUUAGCAAAAUCAACAAGACAACUGAGGCUCAUCGACAGAAAUCUUUUGCAGAAAGUGCCAGUAAUGGUGUUCUUGGGAGGCUGAUAGAUGAUGAAACCUUGCCGAAUGCUGCUAUUGCUGACUUCAUCAUUAACCUUCUCUUCGCUGGGAACGAGACAACAGCUAAAACCAUGCUCUUUUCGAUUUAUUUCCUCACACAUUGUCCCACAGCUAUGAAGCAAUUGCUGGAUGAGCAGCAGAGCCUAAGGAGUGAAAGGGGUGAGGAGAUGCUUAAUUUGCAAGAUUACAAAGCUAUGCCUUUCACUCAAUGUGUAAUUGAUGAAACUCUGCGCAUAGGAGGCAUUGCAAUCUGGUUGAUGAGAGAAGCCAAAGAUGAUGUAGAAUAUCAAGAUUACAUAAUCCCCAAAGGAAGCUUUGUGGUGCCAUUUCUUUCAGCAGUCCAUCUAAACGAACAGGUUUAUGAGGAUCCGCUUAGUUUCAACCCUUGGAGAUGGAUGAAACCGGAAAAUCAGGAGAAGAGGAACUGGAGGAGCAGUGUGUAUUUUGCGCCGUUUGGAGGUGGGAGUAGAUUCUGUCCGGGGGCUGAGCUGGCUCGCCUUCAGAUUGCACUCUUCCUUCACUAUUUUCUCACUACUUUCAGGUGGAGACAAGUAAAGGAGGACCGAAUGUCAUUUUUCCCAUCAGCUCGACUGGUGAACGGGUUUCAGAUACAACUCACUAAAAGUUGAUGAAAUGCAACAAUCCUUCCACUUCCAUUCUUGAUACAACUCACAAAAAAUUGAUGAAAUGCAACAAUCCCUCAACUUCCAUUCUUGAUUUCUUGUUUCUGAACUUGUUUGGUGCCCCUUCAUAUGUAUAUUUCCAGUUUACCUUUAUCUUCUAGUUCUAUAUCGUUUUCUUUUCUUUAUAACUUCAACACAAACACAUACAUGAUGUUGAGGAAGUAGGCUUUCUAAAUGUCAAGUAAAUAAUCAAAUUUCUAGGUUUAAAUGUCUUUGCAAAUACUGCACAUGGAGAUAUCUUGAGCUGUGUGAUGGGACAGACAUCUGUUUCCCUCCUGAGAGGCAAGUUUGAUUGAGCACUAUUUCAAAUUCCAUCAAAUAAAAGUGUGAUUGCUUGUUUUUCCCUAUGUUCACCCUUCAUUUUAUUUUGGUAGAGAAAAAAACAAUGAAAAACAAAUCAAGAUAGAGAUAUUGUAA